AUGCGGCAGCCUCAAUCCGGGGGUUGGUGGCAUGAUCGGUUGCGUCGGGGUGGGGAGGGUCGCGAGUCAGGGUUGGUAGGGCGCCUCGGAGGUGUGCGGGAGGUGGAAAUGCGACGCAAACGGUACGUCGGCCCGUCAGCCCGCACCGCCGGCCUUGGAGGCGUGGCCGAACGUCAUGGGCUCGAAGAACUGCAUAGUCUCGAUGCCUCCGUUCGUCGGAGCCGGUCUGACCACAGCCCGGCCACCACCGGUUUGCCCGGGCCCGAGCCCGAGAUCGAGCAGUCGGUCAUGUCGCCGACAGCCUCCAAGUCCAGGCGUCGGGUUUCUGGGGCCGCCUUCCUCAAAACCGACGUACAGCAGUUCGCUCACUUCGACUCGAAAGAAGUGAGGCCUUUUCUCUGCAAAUUUCCU